CUCGGGCUUCAGGAAGUCAUGUAGGAAGAUUCGCUGACGUUUCUUUACAUUCUAACUUUUUACAGCAGGGUGAGGACAGAGUGUUGGCCAAUUUCAGUUGGUCAGUGGUAAGGCUACAUUGGUCUUUCACUCUGCACAACAAAGGGCAAACCGCCUGUAUCAACACGGACUUCAGGGUGAAAACUUUUCCAGGAGCGUUCUCUGGCUUGCUUGUUGUCCAGAAAAACUGAAAGACUCGCGCAGCCCAGCCAGGAGACGCCAAAUUGUCGUGGAAAUUAGACAACACUCGCAGACUCGUCCUCUGAAGUUUCUCAUGAAACCUGCCUCCUUGACCAAGUCUUUGAGUUGAUUAUAAACGAGAAGCCCCCAAACAGCAACAGCCUCUUUCUUGACGAAGACUCUGAGAAGCCCCAUCACCCUGAGAAGGACCUUCACUGGUUGCACAGAGCCAUGCAGAAACAAGUGUCUGGAACCAAAGUCAGGAUGUGCUCCAUCAACCGAAAUGCCAUCAAGGCGUUCCUGCAUCGCAACUCCUUUGUGCUCUUCACUGUGGGAGCAGUUGUAAUAGGAAUCAUUUUGGGAUUUGCUCUGCGACCUCAAAACUUAUCAUUGAGAGAAAUAAAGUAUAUAUCCUUCCCUGGGGAGAUACUGAUGAGGAUGUUACAGAUGAUGGUCCUUCCACUCAUUGUAUCCAGUCUUGUUACAGGUAUUUCAUAUUUGGACAGUAAAGCCACUGGAAAGAUGGGAGUGCGGGCUAUCAUUUACUAUAUUGUGACUACUUUUAUUGCUGUGAUCAUUGGUAUUCUCAUGGUGACCAUCAUAAGACCUGGAAAAGGCCAAAGAGACACUCCAAUGUCUACUAGUGGUAUGGUUGAAUCGGUGACAGCUGCUGAUGCAUUUCUUGAUCUCAUUAGAAAUAUGUUCCCUUCUAAUUUAGUGGAAGCCUGCUUUAAACAGUACAAAACACUUUACAAGAAAACGGUUUUGACAAAGAACAUCACUGUUAUGGUGAAUGGAAGUGGCAUUCUUAUUAAUGCCACUGAGUCCAGCCAAAUGGGAAAUUACAGCUCAGUCCUGCAGACCAUUCAGGAGACAGUGGAGGAGAUUGUUCCAGUCUCUGGCUCCUCUAAUGGAGUGAAUGCUCUGGGUCUAGUGGUAUUCUCCAUGUUCUUUGGCUUUGUGAUUGGAAAUAUGAAGCAGCAGGGCCAGCCAUUGAAGGAUUUCUUCGACUGCCUCAAUGAUGCCAUAAUGCGCUUAGUAGCAAUCAUUAUGUGGUAUGCUCCAGUUGGAAUCCUCUUUCUAAUUGCUGGGAAGAUUAUUGAAAUGAAAGACCUGUUGCAAGUUGGAGGACAGCUGGGAAUGUACAUGUUGUGUGUCAUCGUCGGUCUGCUCAUCCACAGCCUCAUUGCUCUGCCUCUGCUUUUCUAUUUGGCAACACGGAAGAACCCCUACACCUUCAUCUCUGGUCUGCUCCAGGCUUUAAUUACGGCCUUUGGAACAUCCUCAAGUUCAGCCACCCUUCCCAUCACCUUCCGUUGUUUGGAAGAGAACAACCAUGUGGACAAACGUGUAACACGCCUUGUUUUGCCUGUGGGAGCCACCAUAAACAUGGAUGGUACAGCUCUUUAUGAAGCAGUGGCUGCCAUUUUCAUAGCCCAAGUUAAUGACAUGGACCUGAACUUUGGACAAAUACUUACCAUCAGCAUCACAGCAACUGCUGCCAGCAUUGGAGCAGCAGCUAUUCCUCAGGCUGGUCUGGUAACCAUGGUGAUUGUAUUGACAUCCGUGGGACUGCCCACCGAGGACAUAACACUCAUCGUUGCUGUGGAUUGGUUCCUGGAUCGCCUCAGAACCACCACCAAUGUGCUGGGAGACUCAUUAGGGGCUGGUAUUGUGGGACAUCUAUCAAGAGAGGAACUGCAGAACCUGGAUGCUGGGAUCAGCAGCUCUGUGAUUGAGGUCAAUGAAAAACCUUACCAGCUCAUCUGCCAGGAGGAUGACUGUCUCAGACAUCGAAACAGCGAAACGACAAUGUAAUAACCAUUAUACUAAACGGCAUCUAGAAUAGUACAGUGGUAUUGUUUUAAGUGUUGCAAACAAGAGCAAAACAUGGAAAACACAAAUAUUUCAAGACAAAAACUUUUAAUCAGCAUGUUCUUACCAAGUACAUUAAAACCAUAUCAGCCAUUAACCCUUUAACAAGCACACAACAAAAUACUUGUGGAAAAAAUAGUUUUACCUUAAUUCUUAAAAAUUGGCUCACAUUCAACAGAAUGACGCUGAUUUUUCUUUUAAUUCACCCAUUUGAUUAGGAGUCAUAAAAGUCUACCGUCCGGUUAAGCUGCCUGUUUAUGGAACAGUAGAAGUGCUUAUUGUGCACAAUGGACUAGUAUUAUAGUUUAACUUUUGCAACUACAAAUUUAACGAAUUUUCAUUGUAAACUUUUCCAAGUGCUUCGAUAUGAAAUUACAAUCAAAUAUUUUUUUGGUAUUUAGUCUCCCACACACAUUAGACAGGACAAGACCAUGACUAUAAGCUUCUAUAAUAAACAAACAAAUAAAUACAACAACAUAAAUUAUAUUACAUAUCCUACACGCACAGUUGGAAACUUUAUUCUACAUAUUUUAGUAAAAAGCUCACAAAAGCUUAACCCAUAGCCACUCAGUUUAUGGGUUAAGCUUUUAACCCAGUAAACCCUGAGGACUGUGUAUCAUGAGUGCGGUCUCUUUUAUUGAUUUAUUAUUUUUCUUUUUGAUAAUCACUGUAAAACAAGUUGAUAAAAACAUACUUGUGAAACUGCUGAUAAAUCUAGGUCACAGCUGACUGACAACUGCUAAUUAAAAUCAGUUUAGCAACUUAGUAACACAACUCAUAUGUAAAUACAAGGGCAUGACUACAAUUUAAUACCUGCAUUGUGUCAAGAGUGGAAAGUCAAAAACAACUUUGACUAAUUUUUGACAUUUUAGCUCGGUAACUUGAUGAAUGAAGAGUGGCGCUAAUGAUAUCACUGUCUGGUUUUCAUUCCAAUUUCAAAGCUAUGUUUCAAAAACGGAAACGACCCUGUUGUGGAUAUAUUAUUUAGAGAAAAAAAAACACUCUUUGUAAUCCCUUGAGAUAAAGGGAAAAGUUGGAGAGGAAUUUAUGACACUGUAUAAUGGAAUUACAAUGGUGUGUAACUGUGUGGUUGAGCUGCCUGUGAGACCUAAUAUAUCCUACACAUUUUACACCAAAUAGUGCAGUUAUUAAACAAUAAAACACGCCGUAGCUUGGUGCUAUAGAAAAAGAUGUAAUAUGGCCUGACACGUCCAUCGUGGAUCUUUUAUUUUAUUAUUUGCCUAGAUCAACACAUCCCGAAGUGUUUUACUCCUCUUAUACCACAGCAAUGUUGCCAGUGAUUAUAAUGUUUUAAGUACAACACUUCUUUUGAAUCAUUCAUAGUUACUAUUGUUUUAAUGAAGACUUUCCUAAGUGGAAAAAGUAAUGGAACAGCUUUACCUCUGACUGAUACAAAGGAUUGACACUGGAGGCUCCUUCCAAAAGUAUUAAAUAAAUGUCUCCUAAUAGAAAACUUAUCAUAUCAGCAAUUUGAUGUUUUCUUUUUGUUUUGUUUUUACAGAACAUUAUUUUAACCUCUUUAUUAUUAGGCUUAGAUUAUUAUCCAGUCUCUGCCAUACAAGACCCUAUGAAUGAGCUGUUCCUAUAGAAAUGCUGGGGUAGUGGUAGUAACUGAUCAGAAAGUUAAGGUGAAUUCAAGUGCCAGCACCAGCAAGCUCCCACUGCUGGGCUUUGUGUCUGCCAAAUGCUGUAAAUGUAAAUGAUAAUGUAUUAGAAUGAAUGCAUUAAUACUACCAUGUGUUUUUUGCCUUACAUCUGGUACUACUGUGAGAGCUGCUAUUAUCAUGCAUGUUAACCUAACCGUAAAGAAAUAUGGAGACAGGUGAUGGAAAACCUGUAGAAUUUAGUAAAAACCUAGAGUCGGUGCAAACCCCAAAGAAAAGGCUUUCCACACUUUUCCUUUUCUUGUUUUAUUGUCAUUGUUGUCUUUGUAAAAUAGACUGAUGCAUUGACAUAAAGCAUAAAAAACCUGAACAAACAGAAAGCUGUGUGUG